CUUUCACCGCCUCCACCAUGAUUCGCUCGGGUUUCUUCAGUGCAUUGGUCUCCGCCACUCUCCUGGCUGGUAGUGUCCAUGCGCAGACCUAUACGGUCACGAACAACUGCCCUACUGCCAUUGACUUGUUCAUUGGUCAGAACUCAGAGGGCAGUUUGGCGACCGGUGCGUCGAUUGUCAAGACUGGCCUUGGUCCGACUGCCGGGUUUUUCUAUACCACCACCAAUGGAGGUGUGGUGAACGGUCAACUAGUGGCUGCUCGCGCUGGCUUCUUUUUGGAGCCUACCUACUGGUACUAUUACAUUGUCCGCGAUCAGAACCCAAACAAUUUCAACACUGGGAUCAGUAUUACCCCGGACAAGCCUGUUUCCGACGGCUUCUGCACGGUUGCAACUUGCAACUUUGGGAACUGCACUACGGCUUACAACUCUCCUCCCGUGUUCCAUUCGCCUGUCCCGCCUCCAGCGGAUGCUCCCGCUCAGAACCCUCCCAUUUACCAAUGCAAGGAACCAGACGUCAAUUUCUUGAUCACAUUCUGUCCUUCUGGUACCUGGCCUCAAGCUCCCGGCGUCGAGGUCAAGCCAAACUUCAACGAGAACAAAUGCUUGGAUGUCCAGGGCGCCGUAUUCGCCAACGGAACCCCUGUCCAGGUCUACGACUGCAACGGAACCAACGCGCAGAAAUGGGUCCUCAGCCAAGGGAGCACCAAGGUUCGCGUGGCUGAUACCAACUUCUGCUUGGACGCUGGGUCUACUCCCGGGAAUGGCGUCCCGAUGAAGAUUUGGCAAUGCUACGACAACCUCCCGGCGCAACAAUGGUUCUACACGCUCGAUUAUCGCUUGGCGCUGGAAGGCCAAGGUCAAUGCCUCGACCUCACUGACGGAGACUUGGCCAACGGCAAUGUCGUCCAGACCUGGCAGUGCAGCAAUGGAAACAACAAUCAAGUCUGGACCCUGGGCGUCUAA